CACUCAAAUUUAUCAGUCAGACUACUAAUGGAUGAAACAACAGAACGCCCAUCUGUUUCAUUUUCAUAUUCAAAUUGGAUGUCAAAUGUCAAGAAAUCGACUCGAGAAGCUUACGAAGCAAAGCCCUUUUCACAUUGGAUUCUCUUGCUCUUCAGUGGCUCGGCAAUGCUCAUAGCAUUCCCGGCUUCUAGUCUACUGUCUCGUCUUUAUUUCUCCAAUGGUGGUAAAAGUAAAUGGAUCAUUUCUUGGGUUGCUGUGGCUGGAUGGCCAAUCACUUGUCUCAUUUUACUUCCUACAUAUAUCUUUCAAAAGAUUAAACCAACACCUCUCAAUGCGAAGCUUCUUCUCUCUUAUGUCGUGCUCGGUUUCUUGAGUGCUGCAGAUAACCUUAUGUAUGCUUAUGCCUAUGCGUAUCUCCCUGCAUCGACUUCUUCUCUUCUGGCAUCUUCGUCGCUUGCCUUCUCUGCUUUGUUUGGCUAUCUCAUUGUUAAAAACCCGCUGAACGCUUCAGUUAUCAACUCCAUUGUGAUAAUAACUGGUGCCAUGGCUAUAAUAGCGCUGGAUUCAAGCUCUGAUCGGUAUAGUUAUAUAAGCAACAGCCAAUAUUUUGCAGGUUUCUUUUGGGACAUAAUGGGAUCUGCGCUUCACGGGCUCAUUUUCGCGUUAUCCGAGCUUCUCUUUGUGAAACUACUUGGAAGAAGGUCCUUUCACGUUGCUUUGGAGCAGCAAGUCAUGGUUUCCCUCAUAGCUUUCGCGUUUACUACUCUUGGGAUGGUUGUGAGCAACGAUUUCCAAGGGAUGAGUAACGAAGCUAAGAGUUUCAAAGGCGGCGAGUCUCUGUACACCCAGGUUCUUGUCUGGAGCGCAGUCACGUUUCAACUGGGUGUUCUUGGGGCGACCGCGGUCUUGUUUCUGGCAUCCACAGUCAUGGCUGGAGUCCUUAACGCCGUGAGAGUUCCCAUCACGAGCAUAGCCGCUGUCAUAUUGAUGCAUGAUCCAAUGAGUGGCUUCAAAAUCCUGUCUUUGGUCCUUACGUUCUGGGGAUUCAGCUCUUAUAUCUACGGCAGCUCGAGCUCGAACUCAAGUACUCAAGCUUCCUCUUCAUCCUAAUAUGCAACCUUUUCCACUGUCUCCAUUCCUUGAAUGUGAUCAAAUACCAUUCGUGUAAUAUAAGAUUAUGCUCCGG